UUUCAUGCUACAUGACGUCAUGACGGCCAAGACCGACCAGACGUCCAGGGUGUCCUGCCUGCUUCUGGUCCUCGGCUACGUCAUCUUGUGGCUGGGCGUGACGUCACAUGAAUGGCGACGGGAAGUCGGCUAUGUGUACGGACUUUGGGUCAGGUGCGAUGAUGACAUAUGCACGCAUUACGUCACCGAGUUCAACAGUAAGUCGAUUCCUCUUUAAUUUUUCUAUCAUUUCACAGGUUUGUGGAUUUUUUUGUUUGUUGUUGAAAUCCUUUAUGAUAACUUCACUUUUGAGUGUUUAGGGCAAAAUCUUCGGACGGUUAAUUGACCCACUUCCCGUCAACGUACCGAGCUGAAACUUUGGCACAUAUACUCGUCGCCGAUAAGAACACAUUCUCUAAAACGUUCAUCCCAGCCCCCCCCCCCACCCUACCCCAAAGUUUAUCCUAUUUUUUCAAGGUUUUUUCAAGGUGAAGAUGAAACAAAUAUGACGACACUGAUUUCACGAAAUAAAAUUCCCGAUAACUGCGCUAAAUAAAAUUCUUACACAAAAAAAAAAAACAUUAAAAAAAAAACAAAAAAACAACAAAGCAAAACAACUUAAGCAAACUCAUAUUUUCUGUUACGUUUACGAAAUAUUUGGUGAACUAAAUCUGCGGUGUAAAAGCGGGUUGGGUCAUUAGAAUAUUAAUAUAGUUCAGGGACGUGGGGAAAAAAAUGUGCGUUUAAAAGCCUUGGGGAGAGGGGGGGGGAACCAAAACUUUGUUUUUAGUGGUUAUUUAAUUAUAUAUUUUUGUUCGUACUCAUAAUAAUGCCACCCUGUACACAACCAAAAAAAACAACAAAAAAAAACAACACAACAUCACAACAGCCCCACAAUACCAAAGGUAUCAUUUCAACAAAAUAAAUAAUUUAAAAAAUAAAAUAUUAUAUUAAUGUUAUAAUAUAUUGUUGUUAAUGUUAAUUAUUGUUUGUGCUCUGCUCUGUGCACAGUUAGAAAGUCGCCUUUAAAGCCCAUAUCUCAUGCCUAUAACAAUGUAAUGGUCUUUUCUUAAUGGUCUUUUUGUGAUGGUCUUUUCGUAAUGGUCUUUUUGUGACUGUCUUUUCGUAAUGGUCUUUUCGUAAUGGUCUUUUUGUGAUGGUCUUUUCGUAAUGGUCUUUUCGUAAUGGUCUUUUCGUAAUGGUCUUUUCGUAAUGGUCUUUUCGUAAUGGUCUUUUCGUAAUGGUCUUUUUGUGAUGGUCUUUUCGUAAUGGUCUUUUCGUAAUGGUCUUUUUGUGAUGGUCUUUUCGUAAUGGUCUUUUCGUAAUGGUCUUUUCGUAAUGGUCUUUUCGUAAUGGUCUUUUCGUAAUGGUCUUUUCGUAAUGGUCUUUUCGUAAUGGUCUUUUCGUAGUGGUCUUUUUGUGAUGGUCUUUUCGUAAUGGUCUUUUCGUAAUGGUCUUUUCGUAAUAGUCUUUUCGUAAUGGUCUUUCAUAAUGGUCUUUUCAUAAUGGUCUUUUUGUAAUGGUCUUUUCGUAAUGGUCUUUUCGUAAUGGUCUUUUCGUAAUGGUCUUUUCGUAAUGGUCUUUCAUAAUGGUCUUUUCAUAAUGGUCUUUUUGUAAUGGUCUUUUCGUAAUGGUCUUAUGGUAAUGGUAUUUUCGUAAUGGUCUUUUCGUAAUGUUCUGUUUGUAAUGGUCUUUUCGUAAUGGUCUUUUCGUAACGGUCUUUUCGUGAUCAUCUUUUCGUAGUGGUCUUUUCGUAAUGGUCUAUUCGUAAUGGUCUUUUCGUGUGUACUUUUAACGUUUUUACACAAUCCGCAUGUAGCAAUGGUUACACCCACCAUGACCUUUCCGUAACAAUCAUCAAUAUAUACAUAUCCAUCCAACCCUGUUGUGACGCUACUGCAGCCCAUGUAGGACUUUCGCCUGCCUCACCACUUCCUUCCACUCAGACCUAACUAGUGCUUUUCUUUUCCAUGCUUGGAUUCCCAGCUGUUGUAGAUCUUUUUUUUUUCCCACGCCAUCCAAUCCAUCUAAGCCUAAGUCUCUUUUGAGCCGUUUUCCUCUUGGGGUUUUGGUGGAGAAACCUCUUCACUCCUCUGUCAUUUGUCAUAUAAAUAUAUAUAUAUAUAUAUAUAUAUAUAUAUAUAUAUAUAUAUAUAUAUAUAUAUAUAUAUANACUGCACAGCGAUUCAACUAUGUCACAGUUGGUCUAGGAGGUAAAGGGGUCGGUACCUAACACAAGACACAAACGGGACACACAUACAAGACACACACAUGCAUGACACACACAUACAUCAGCGACACACGCACAGACACUGCACAGCGAUUCAACUAUGUCACAGCUGGUCUAGGAGGUAAAGGGGUCGGUACCUAACACAAGACACAAACGGGACACACAUACAAGACACACACAUGCAUGACACACACAUACAUCAGCGACACACGCACAGACACUGCACAGCGAUUCAACUAUGUCACAGCUGGUCUAGGAGGUAAAGGGGUCGGUACCUAACACAAGACACAAACGGGACACACAUACAAGACACACACAUGCAUGACACACACAUACAUCAGCGACACACGCACAGACACUGCACAGCGAUUCAACUAUGUCACAGCUGGUCUAGGAGGUAAAGGGGUCGGUACCUAACACAAGACACAAACGGGACACACAUACAAGACACACACAUGCAUGACACACACAUACAUCAGCGACACACGCACAGACACUGCACAGCGAUUCAACUAUGUCACAGCUGGUCUAGGAGGUAAAGGGGUCGGUACCUAACACAAGACACAAACGGGACACACAUACAAGACACACACAUGCAUGACACACACAUACAUCAGCGACACACGCACAGACACUGCACAGCGAUUCAACUAUGUCACAGCCGGUCUAGGAGGUAAGGGGGUCGGUACCUAACACCAGACACAGACGGGACACACGUACAUGACACAGACGUACACGUAACGCAUAGACGACACACAUAUAAACGUCACACAGACAUCACCAACCGACUCUCCCUGUGUCACAGCUGGUCCCUGAGUUGAGGUGUCGGUGAGACAUGACACACAUACACGACACGCCGCCAUGCCUGUCACAGGGGUCAUGUGUCGGCAUUUGUCACGACACAAUGACACGACAGCCACAAUUUUUCACUGACAACAAUUUAAAAAACAAACAUUGGGAGUUGUGAAGCUAACAUUUGUAAAAUUCAAAUAACCGCACGAUUAUGACUCUAUGGCUAAGUCCCUAUGACUCUAUGGCUAAGUCCCUAUGACUCCAUGGCUAAGGCCCUAUGACUCUAUGGCUAAGUCCCUAUGACUCCAUGGCUAAGGCCCUAUGACUCUAUGGCUAAGUCCCUAUGACUCCAUGGCUAAGGCCCUAUGACUCUAUGGCUAAGUCCCUAUGACUCUAUGGCUAAGUCUCUAUGACUCUCUGGCUAAGGCCCUAUGACUCCAUGGCUAAGGCCCUAUGACUCUAUGGCUAAGUCCCUAUGACUCCAUGGCUAAGGCCCUAUGACUCUAUGGCUAAGUCUCUAUGACUCUAUGGCUAAGUCUCUAUGACUCUCUGGCUAAGGCCCUAUGAUUCUAUGGCUAAGUCUCUAUGACUUCAUGGCUAAGUCUCUAUGACUCUAUGGAUAAGUCAAUAUGAUUAAGUCUAUAUGGCUAAGUCUUUAUGAUUCUAUGGCUAAGUCUCUAUGACUUCAUGGCUAAGUCUCUAUGACUCUAUGGAUAAGUCAAUAUGAUUAAGUCUCUAUGGCUAAGUCUUUAUGAUUCUAUGGCUAAGACUCUAUGACUUCAUGGCUAAGGCCCUAUGACUCUAUGGAUAAGUCUCUAUGACUCUAUGGCUAAGUCUCUAUGACCAAGUCUCUAUGGCUAAGUCUUUAUGACUCUAAGGCUAAGUCCUUAUGACUCUAAGGCUAAGUCCCUAUGACUUUAUGGUUAAGUCUCUAUGAAUCCAUGGCGAAGUCCCUAUGACUCUAUGGCGAAGUCCCUAUGACUCUAUGGCUAGGUCCCUAUGACUCCAUGGCUAAGUUUAUAUGAUUCUACCUUAUACGACUGUAGGACAUUAGCCUAUUUUAUGACGUUAGUUAAAUUGAGAGUGUUAUUCUCUGUGUUACACUCUCAUCCUUCAAUUAGUUCAACACGAUCAUUCAAGUUUAAAAGCAACCAAGUAAAUUAUGUCAAACUCUGAGAUUUAACACUUUUUUUUCGCUUCAAAAGAUUUUUUCUAUAAAAGUGUCUUUUUUUUUCUUACAGACAUCCAAAAUUUCUUUCGGAUUUUUUCGGAAAUAAUAUUAGGACACCUAUUUAGGGAUUGUCCGUAAUGUUUCGGACAGUUUGCCAGUUUUGGGUUAGGUCUAAACAUGGAUGCAUCUCUACAUGGUGCCUAUGUUGUAUGGACUGUUAUAUUUUCCCCCAUUGCUGUUUGCACUGACAUACUUUCUCCCAUUGCUGUAUGAACUGACAUGCUUUACCCCAUUGCUGUUUGCACUGACAUACUUUCCCCCAUUGCUGUUUGCACUGACAUACUUUCCCCCAUUGCUGUUUGCACUGACAUACUUUCUCCCAUUGCUGUAGGAACUGACAUGCUUUACCCCAGUGCUGUUUGCACUGACAUACUUUCUCCCAUUGCUGUAGGAACUGACAUGCUUUACCCCAGUGCUGUCUGAACUGUCAUACUCUCCCCCCACGGAAGCGCCUUAAUCAUGUGUUCCAUCUGUCUACAGAAAUCGUCGCCGCUGCCUCCAUCGGACUGUACGGGUAUAAGACCGUGAUGUCACGUGACCGGUACCCUGUUCUGCUGGGCGGCUUCGCCCUGACGGGCUGUGGGAUUAUCGUCUCCCUCCUCGGAACCAUCCUCAAGGUGAUGGGUCCUGUCUCUUCAUGGGCAGGCAGUUUUUCAAGCGUCGUCCCAUCACGUCGUCGGUGUCCAGAAACUCACAUGGUGGUCUACUCGGGCGGGAGCGAACCGUGUUCAGCCGAUUCGUGCGAGACGCAUCCGGGGUCGAGGUCAUUCGGCGCUGGAAAGCAUCGUGGCCGUGGGGACAGAGUCCAGUCGGUCAUUUUGUGCUGUCACAGGAAGUCGAGGUAUAACUCCGUGCCGUCGUCACGUGACAGUACGUCCGAUGUUAAUUACAGGCAUUACGAGGAGAUCAGCUUCGACGACAUGCCGCCGCCCCCACCCCUUGAGCUGUUGCGGCCGAUAUCUGGGGACUACUCACUGGCCAUGUGUUCUUCACCGCACGCGGGUGACGACACCGGUUCUCAAAUACUCAGAAAUGCCAUAGUCCGCAACGCCGCUCACUACCCCCGCGCAACGCUACACCAACACAGCAAACCCCAUCCGGGCGCGGUGGAACAGAUGCGGUCUAACGACCAUCAAUACCUGAACCAGAACCAGUAUCUACCACCGCCCCCUCCGCCCCCACUCCCCUUCACUGAGCCCACGCCCCAGUCUAAACCCGUCCCCAAGGCCAGGCGCCAGAACCCAAAGCCCAGCGGUUCUAGGACGAAGAAGAGGGCGCCAUCCCCAAGGCACCGAGAGCCGAGCGAAAAGGACAUCAAGACGCGGACAUUGAACCAUUACACAUUAUCCGGAGCAGGGACACAGCAGCAGCGGGAGACGCCCAGCAGCAGAUACAAGACGUUGCCAUAUAGGACAAGCUGUGGUCAAGCUCGCGAUGGCAGUGGUCAAACCGGAAACGCCAGAUGUAUCAGCGGCGCUCGAACGGGCAGCUAUCAUGGCAAGAAUAUUGGGCAUCAUGUGUAAGACUGUUUACUGGCUUGUAAGAUUGUGUACUGGCUUGUAAGAUUAUGUUAUGAUUUAUAAGAUUGUGUACUGGCUUGUAAGAUUGUGUUAUGAUUUAUAAGAUUGUGUACUGGCUUGUAAGGUUGUUUGAUGGCUUAUAAAGUUGUGUACUGGCUUGUAAUAUUGUGUAAUGGUUUAUAAAAUUUUGAACUGGCUUGUAAGAUUGUGUACUGGCUUGUAAGAUUGUGUUAGGAUUUAUAAGAUUAUGUAAUGGCUUGUAAGUUUGGCUACCACACACUAAAAGAGAUUAUAAACAUUUUUUCCCACAUUAAAAAAGCGCCGACAUCUAUGCCCACAUCUAUGCCCACAUCUAUGCCCACAUCUAUGCCCACUUCUAUGCCCACAUCUAUGCCCACUUCUAUGCCCACUUCUUAGCCCACAUCUAUGUACACAGCCAAACAAAGCUAACAACACAAGAACAGGGGAUCUGAGACAAAAAGCUGAAAUAAAGACAAUGGACUAGGUGUAAAUUAAAAUCAAGCAUUUCAAGACAAGCCUUUAUAAUAGAUUACAAGAAUUAAUCCAAAAGCCGAAGAGUGCAGCGUUGGAACCGACUCGCCGUGUUACGUAUAUUGUCCCGAUGGAACAACCUGGAAAAGGGGGGGGGGGGUGCGUCA